CCCAAUGUUUUGUUUUGUUUUGUUUAACAGUACUGUAGUGUUUGUGUUUGUGUCACAUACGAGGAGGACCCAUCUCCGAUAAUUUCACUUUUCUAGACCGAAGAUUUCUGAAUUCAGUUCAGUUUCUGUUGUGUUGUGUUGUGUUGUCUCUCUUUCUCUGCUUCUACUCUCCACUUCCCCAACCAACCUUUUUCAUCCUUCAAGACGUACGCAGAAACUCACACACGGACGCUGAAACUCACACACACAACUGCAAGAUCCUGGGUUCAAACGCGAUGAAGGUGUUCAGACUAACAAUCUCAGCUUUGUCAGUUGAGCUAGACCUUAUGCACUUACAUUUAGGUUUUGGUUCUCUAUAGAGUUUGUUAGAGAUGGGGUUGUUGGGUUCUGAUAAUGUUAAAAUGGUGGAGUCUUGGGAUAUGUCUAAAUCAAAGGGGAGUAAGAAGAUGAAGAAGGAUAAAGAGAAUGAGGAUGUGAUUGAUGCGGGAAAAACAAAAACUGGGUGUUGGGUUGGGUUGAGAUUCAUUGGUAGCUGCAUUUCUUCAAGAUCCAAAGUUGAUAGCUCAGUCAGUGGCAGUGGCACAAGUACACAUUAUGCUGAAAGUAAAUCAACUAAUGAUACAAGUAGAGGCCAACGAACUGCUCCAGUAAUCUCUUCUACAACCACUAGUAACGCAGAAAGCAAUUCCUCAACUACUAAACUUGAAGAGGAGCUUAAAAUUGCUUCCAGGCUGCGAAAAUUCUCUUUCAAUGAACUUAAGUUGGCAACAAGAAAUUUCCGGCCUGAGAGUUUUCUUGGCGAAGGUGGGUUUGGUUGUGUUUUCAAAGGUUGGAUUGAAGAAAAUGGAACUGCUCCAGUGAAACCUGGCACAGGGCUUACAGUUGCUGUAAAAACCCUUAACCACGAUGGGCUUCAGGGUCAUAAAGAAUGGCUGGCAGAGGUGAAUUUUCUUGGAGAUCUAGUUCAUCAAAACCUUGUUAAACUCAUAGGUUACUGCAUUGAAGAUGAUCAAAGGCUGCUAGUGUAUGAGUUCAUGCCUCGGGGAAGCCUGGAAAAUCACUUAUUUAGGAGAUCCAUGCCUCUUCCAUGGUCCAUUAGGAUGAAAAUUGCACUAGGAGCUGCUAAGGGUCUUGCUUUUCUUCACGAAGAAGCUGAACGACCAGUAAUAUAUAGGGAUUUUAAAACUUCGAACAUUCUAUUAGAUGCAGACUACAAUGCUAAGCUCUCAGACUUUGGUCUUGCCAAAGAUGGUCCAGAAGGUGAUAAAACCCAUGUGUCUACUCGAGUGAUGGGAACAUAUGGUUACGCAGCACCAGAAUAUGUCAUGACAGGUCAUCUUACGUCAAAAAGUGACGUGUACAGUUUUGGAGUCGUACUACUUGAGAUGAUAUCCGGCAGAAGAUCUAUGGACAAACACCGACCCAACGGCGAACAUAACCUUGUCGAAUGGGCUCGACCACAUCUAGGAGAGAGAAGAAGGUUCUACCGGUUGAUAGACCCUCGUCUUGAAGGUCACUUUUCCGUAAAAGGAGCUCAGAAAGCCGCUCAGCUAGCUCAUCACUGCCUAAGCAGAGAUCCAAAAGCCAGACCCCUAAUGAGUGAAGUUGUCGAAGCUCUAAUGCCUCUACCAAACCUAAAGGACAUGGCAAGCUCGUCGUACUAUUUCCAAUCAAUGCAAGCCGAGCGGUUUGGAGCGAGUCCAAAUUCUAGAAGUGUGCAUGCACAAGGAGCGUCGCUUGCUCGCAACGGACAGCAGAGAAGGAGCCUUUCGAUACCGAACGGUGCACAUGUAUCCCCAUAUCACCAUAAGUAUCCUCAACAAUCACCUAAACCUAAUGUCAAAGCAUAGAGCUGGUGAAAAUUUUCCAAAUUUUCCAUCUCUUUAUGUUUCAUCUGGUUGUUUGAAAAUAUUUAAACAUUAUUUUACUUUAUUUUUUUGCCCAUGGAAAUGUUAUCUCUUGAUUUCUUUAGGCUUUGCUUGUGUAUAAUGUUAAACACUGUGGCUCCUUUAAUUAAUCACAAGCUUUUGUUUAUAGAAAAAUGAGAAAGGAACUUUAUUAUUGUAUUAA